AUGAAGUUCGCCAAGAUAUUAGCUGCCGUUGCUUUAGCUAGUACAGCAAACACUGCUACUAUUAAGAAUCGCGAACUUUAUGCCCGUGAUUUUGAUCUUGUUUCGAUUAUUGAAAAUGGUGUUUCCGAUUUGUUAGACGCUUUUGGAUGGGGCAGUAGCAAUACUAAUACAGGUACUGCUGCUACCGGCGCCGCCACCACCACCACUGCUGCUGCUGCUACUGCUGGUAAUGGUGGAUCAAAUCCAACCACGGCUCCAACAACAGCUACAACAUCUACCCCAAACACAAGUGGUUCUUCAAACAACUGGUUGGAUGAUUUCUUAGACAAUCUCUGGAAUGGAUGUUACUUCCCAGACAAAUUCUGGGUCAAGAGAGAUGAUGUUCCAUCAUCUUCUUGGCCAGUAUAUGUUCAGCCUGCUUUAUUAAAAAAGGCAAUUGCAGGUUAUUUGACCAAUGAAAUCGAAACAACACCAAAUGGAUUUUCUCAAUUGUUGGACAUUUUAAAUAUCAGCGAGAUCCAAGCUAGCGAAUUGGGUUUAGGUGCUCAAAAUUCGAGAUACUAUUUGAUUGGUCAAUUGGCAAUAGUUCUUCAUGCUGAGGAGUCUUCCACAUAA